UCUGAAAUGGGCAUGUACAGGGAAGAGGAGACCCCGACACCCUUCAAGCUUUGAGUGGAGAGGACACAGUCUCUGCUGGGACAGGGAACAGAGGGAUGUGGAGACCCUGAAGAUGCUUUUGGACAGUGGUCUGAGGUUGGGACAGUAGCAGGAGAUACCAUUCACCCAGAAUCUCCAGGACAAGAGAUCAGCCUGGCAGUUACUUGUGUUUUGUUUCAAACUGGUUGCCAGGUUGGACUGACCGAUGACAUCAGAGAUUCCGACCUUCCUGAUUGGAGGGACUGGACUCGGUGGGCACCUGCAGCUCAGCUGUGUCCAGAAGAAGGCCACAGACAGAACAGAGACUAGGUUCCGUGGGACGGGACAGAUUUUGUGAAACAUCAUGACCAGCCAUCAACCGCACCCCCAGGAUGAGGGGCAGAGCCACCAGCGGAGCACCUUUGGGUACCCCCUCCAGGAGGUGGUGGAUGAUGAAGUGUCGGGACCAUCAGCCCCUUGGGUAGAUUCCAGCCUCCCACGUAGAUCCCUUUGCUGGAAAAGGAAGAGGGAGUGGUUGGAAGAAUCUGAGGAGUCGUCGUUGGAGGAGUCACAGAAGGAACUCACCCCUGAGCCUGAGGAGACCUGGGUGGCAGAGAGGCUGUGUGGCCCCAAGAUGAAUAUAAAGCGGCGGCGAGUGUCAUCCGUGCUCCCUGAGCACCACGAGGCUUUCAACAGGCUGCUUGAGGAUCCUGUCAUUCAAAGAUUCCUGGCCUGGGACAAAUACCUGAGGGUGUCAGACAAGUAUCUCCUGGCUAUGGUCAUAGCGUAUUUUAGCCGGGCCAGCCUCCUCUCCUGGCAAUACCAACGCAUUCAUUUCUUCCUGGCUCUCUACCUGGCCAAUGACAUGGAGGAGGAUGACAAGUCCGCCAAACGAAACAUCUUCUACUUCCUGUACGGGAAGACCCGCUCUCACGUACCCUUGUUCCAAAAGCUUCGGUUCCAGCACUUCCAUUACAUGCGCUGGCGGGUCAGGAAGACCCGCUCUCACAUACCCUUGUUCCAUAAGCGUCGGUUCCAGUUAUUCUGUUCCAUGCGCUGGAGGGCCAAGAAGAUCCGCUCUCAGAUAGCCUUGUUCCAAAAGCUUCGAUUCCAGUUCUUCUGUUCCAUGCGCUGCAGGGCUUGGGUUUCCCCGGAGGAGUUGGAGGAGAUCCAGGCUUAUGACCCACAGCACUGGGUGUGGGCGCGAGAUCGCGCUCGCCUUUCCUAGAGCUCCAGGGACCGUGGAGGCCUGAGGUCAUUGGCCUGAGAGAAGAACACCGGGCCCAGGGGAGAUGCGGAUUUUCAGCAGGAACUUUAUUCCAAUGCUAUGGCAGACACCAGGAAGGAGGAGAGGAGCCAUGUGUGCAUACCAUCUAGAAGAACCUGGACCGUUCUUGAUGGAGCUGAAUACAGUGAUCACGUUGUCCUCCUGGGAGCAGGGGUGGGGGUGGGGGUGGGGGGUGGGGUACUUCUAGGAGUCCUUGGAGAAAAGUAAGAAACCAGGAGUGUUUCCAGUUCCACCCUUUCCUGCGGCACCA